CAUCAGAUGAGUUUGGGGUGAAAGCUGAAGGGGAAGAAGCAAGUUUGUUGUGAGCUCUUUCUAGCGGAAAACUAUCUACAUCUGCUUUGUGUGAGGACCACUUGAAAGGAAAAAUGCCCUGUACGUAUAGCAGGCUUCAUGACCGUUAUGUUUCAAGCAAAGGGAAGUCGACCAGCUGUGUGACAUUAGUCGUGGUUUUGGGCUGUCUGACAGUCAUCGGGAUCCUGCUUGCCAUCGCUGUGCUGAAAAGACCACCUGCCCCGAAAGAUCAUGAGACGUUUCCUCAGGAAGCUGGUUGGAGCAAUUUCUCUACGGACCAGUGCAGCAUGGCUCUGGUGGAGAGCAUCCCUCAACAAAUGAAAUACAAAGGCAAUGUAACGCUUGGGAUCCCUCUGGAAAAUGUCUGGAAAGAUCUGAUCUCCAUGGCAACGGAACAAGUGGAAGUGGCCUCUUUCUACUGGACCUUAACUGGGGAAGACAUUAACGUUAAUUCAUCCUCUGACAUACCUGGAAGGGACAUCCUGAAAGACCUUGAAGAGUUGCCCUCCAGGAAUGUGUCCGUCCGAUUGGUGACCAGUGUACCCAGCGUUCCAACAAACUCCACAGAUUUAAAGAUCUUAAAACAGAAAGGUGUUCAGGUGAGGAAGGUAAACUUCGGGCGCUUGACAAGGGGCGUCCUCCACAGCAAGUUCUGGAUAGUUGACAGAAAACAUGUGUUUAUUGGAAGCGCCAACAUGGACUGGAGGGCUCUCACACAGGUGAAGGAACUGGGAGUAGUUGUCUACAACUGUUCCAGUCUAGCAAAGGACCUACAUAAGAUUUUCCAGUCCUACUGGGUAAUGGGACAAUCCCACAGCUCCCUUCCACAGCCCUGGCCUUCAAAGUAUGACACUGCCAUCAACAAACAUCACCCCCUGCUGGUGAGAAGUGACAAUGUCUCCAGCAGGCUGUACCUCACAGGUUCUCCACCAUCGUUCUGUCCUCCAUCGAGGACUCAGGACCUGGAGGCUAUUCUCUCCAUCAUCUCAGAGGCCCAACACUAUGUGGAUGUAGCCGUCAUGGAGUACUUCCCCACCACACGCUUUGAAAGGCCUCAGAGAUACUGGCCUUUCAUUGAUGAAGCCAUCAGGACGGCCGCAUUCGAGAGAAAAGUUAAGAUGCGGAUGCUGAUCAGCUGCGGGCGGGACUCUGAUCCAGCCAUGUUGCCCUUCCUUAAGUCUCUAGCCUCAAUGGACAGCCCUCACCAGGAUAUCAGCAUCCAAAUAAAACUGUACAUUGUUCCUGUGGGUAACCAGACUGAUAUUCCAUAUACCAGAGUCAACCACAAUAAAUACAUGGUGACUGAUAAAGUGGCCUACAUUGGUACCUCCAAUUGGUCAGGGGACUACUUUCUGACCACAGCUGGAGUGGGUCUGGUGAUUUCCCAGCAUGCUCCUCGCCCUGUAUGGAAGACCAAGGCCAUACAGGGUCAGCUCAGGGCAGUCUUUGACAGAGACUGGAACUCUGAGUUUGCUGUGCACCUUGCUGACCUGGGGCACCACCCAGAUUGUGCAUUAUCGAGAUGACAGAAACCGCUUUAUAAAAGUUACAUAAAUGUUUUUUAUCAAGGCCAUACAAAACCAUAGAUUUGCUUUAUGUUGCUGUUUUUAUAUUAUUGUGGUCCAAAUGAGCAGUUUUAGUAAUUUUUUUCCGUGUUAUGAAUAGGAAAUACAAUAUAUAUCAUAUACUUUUAAAUGAGUGUGCACUGAAAGUGAGAGAAAGUUUUAUACAUAAAGCAUUGACAUCAAUGGUUUAAAGUAUACCAGAUGAAAAGUAAUAUUAUGUACUGCAUCUGUACCUAGUAAUACGUUUAAUUGAGUUUUCAUUUAUGUUGCAGGUUUUUAUUGUUUAGCUGAUUGUUGAAUGUUUGGGUAAUGAAUUUACUGUAUUUUUAUUAAAUUUAUAUAUACUUAAUAUACUUUAUAAUGAUUGCCUGGUCGCACGCCUUACAAUACUAUCCCAAGUGUGCAAAGGAUAAUAUAGAAAAAAAUGUUUUUACACUCACGAUAUUCUGCUCAGAAUUUUGGUAGCCUCUGGGCCUGUGUGCAUAACAGUGCUGAUCUCAGUCAUCACCACAGCCGCUGAUCAGUCGACAGAAAUGACUGAUUCAUCAUGGGAUAAAUCUGCCCUAAGCAGGCUUCAGUUAACAGCUAACGACAACAACUCAUUUCAACACAGAUAAAUGAAUAGUAUUCUUUAAAAAUGUCAUUGUAACGUAUGUGACUGAAUAGUGCGUCAUAUAAAAGUCAGAAUAAAACAUUCGUAGUAUAGUAUGCCAUGAAAAUCAUUAUAAACAGAUGUUUUUUUAUCUGAAACUGAAACUUCUUUGUUGAGUGCAUAUGUUCCUUUAAUUUUAUGCUGUAACAUUCCUGUUGUGAGCCAGUGUUUAUUUAUGAAAAGUUAUAAAAAUUGAUUGGAUAUCUGUA